AUGUGGCGGACUCUCGCGCUUUUCGCGUUCGCAUCAGUAUGCCUCGCGCUUCCCGCCCAAGACUCGUCACACACCGACAAUGAUCUCGAAGGACUCGGAGACUGCCUCAGGAAAGACUCGACCUCGUGCCUCAAAUACAAAUUCUUCUCCUACGUCGACAAGAUGCUCGGACAGAAGGAUUCCUUCGCGCUCACCGAUGGCGUCACAGUUGUUAAAGCUACCGACGCUCCCGCCGAAACUGGAGCGCCGAGAUCCUUAGAUCCUGUCUCUAGGCUGAAGAGUUACUUCGAAACGCAUUCUUUAAGAGUUGAAGUGAAAGGUUCGGAUGUGAUCGAUGCCGUGUCCAGUGCCGGUCGUGCUUUGGAAGAUACAGUGACCUCGUUUGUUGAUGAUGGGACGGAAGAAGGUAGGGGGAAGAAGAAAAAGGCAGCCAAAAUGUUGGGGCCUUUGAUCGCGGCGUUGGCGUUGAAAAUGAUGGCUCUUCUUCCGCUGGCGAUUGGCGCGAUCGCUUUGAUUGCUGGAAAGGCGUUGCUGAUCGGUAAAUUGGCGUUGGUGCUGUCUGCGAUAAUUGGACUGAAGAAAUUGCUCUCUCAACAGAAACACGUGACUUACGAAGUGGUUGCGCAUCCUCAUCAUUCGUCGAGUCACACAUCGAGUCACGACUACGGUGGUACAAGUGGAUAUGGGGGAGAUUCAGGUGGUUACAGUAGUGGGGGGAGCAGCAGCGGUCACGGAGGAGGCUGGGGACGGUCAAUGGAGGCACAGAGCUUAGCAUACUCAGCUCAGAAACCUCAAUGA